AUGGACUGCGUGUAUGGCUAUAGUGAUCUGGAUGACUGUGAUUCAUGCGAAGAAAUUCCAUCCGGUACGUGGCCGUGGGUUGAUUAUGUGGAUCUCAGCAUCAGCAAACGCGAGGACGCCGAGCUACCUAAUGAGGAAUUCCAGCCUUCUCAUCAUCAUGGAUUCUCUCAUGAACACCAUGCUCAUUCAGAACUACAUCGACGAGUGAGCGGCUUGGUCACGCUUUCAAGAAAGAAAGUCUCAGUAUGUGGUGAUGAGAAGUGGUAUGUUGAUGGGAAUGGCCGAUACCCUGCCUUUCCCAAGGAUGCGCAGAGACCCUGGGAUGGCAUCGAAAAUGGAAGGUGGGACACUAUAUCCCGGUACUGGGGAAACAGCUCGCAGUCCUGCACCAAUUGGGCCGUUUUCGAGAAGCCCGUGGCGGAUAGAGUGUGGGUGGGACCUUCUAUUCUGUUCCCUCUUGGGAGUAUGGAGAGAGCCCAGUAUCAGAGUACGUAUUGA